UAUCAUCGUUUGUAAAUAUUUCCUUACAUGGAUUUGUGACGUCAUUCUUCUUGUUCGAGUUUAUUGGAUUCGUUGUGUAAAACAGGAUGGCGGCCAAUAAUUAUUUUGGAUUUACUACAGGACAAACGCAAUAUGGCACUGCUCCAGCAGCAACAUACCCAACCAGUCAGGCAACUGCUGCUGCAGCUGCAGGAUAUGCUGUACAACAUACAGCUCAGCCAUAUGCAUCUGCUGCUCCACGGGCAAAUCAAGCAACGUAUGAAACUUAUCAACCAACCGGACAUACUACUACUACAUAUCCAUAUGCGUCUAGACAACAGACUGCCUAUGAGAAAGCUCAAACAUAUUAUCCUCAGACAGCACAAGUAGCUUAUUCUAGUAAUGAGACUCAUUAUCAAACAGUAGCUAGCAAGCCUGCAUAUUCCAGUACUAAUGUCUUUCCUGCUGCUCGUCAAGCAACAGGACAGAAAACUCCAACUGCUCCAGCUGCACAGACAGGAUCAACUACUUCUUACCUUUACUCAACUGGAGCAACAGGAGCAACUUCAUCAAAUUAUACCACUUCAUAUAAUACUGCAGCUGUCACCACGACAUAUGCAGCUUCUUUGUAUGUCCAGCAACCAACUGUUGCUGCUCAGUCAGCUACAGUAGGUGUUGCUCCUGCUGUAGCGCCAUCUAUCCAGUCAUCGGUUACCAGUACAACUAUAGCAGCCCCUAAAAUACAAACAAAUAAUUGGGCUGCAUAUAAGAAAGGUUUAGGAUUAAAACCUCAAAAACCAAAAUUACCUCCCAAACCACAGCAACUUCAUUACUGUGAAGUUUGUAAAAUUAGUUGUGCAGGUCCACAGACUUACCGGGAACAUUUGGAAGGACAGAAACAUAAGAAAAAGGAAGCUGCUUUAAAAACUGGAAAUACUAUUAAUCCAGGAGUUAGAGGUGGAACUUCCUUAAGAUGUGAACUUUGUGAUGUAACAUGCACUGGGUCCGAUGCAUAUGCUGCUCAUAUUAGAGGAGCUAAACAUCAAAAGGUUGUUAAGUUACAUACGAAAUUAGGGAAGCCAAUUCCAUCAACUGAGCCUGUUGUCGUUUCUAAUGCUACAAAUUCACCACUUAGUACUACUGCUCCAAGUAAUUCAAAAAAUGCUGCAUCAAAAGCUGCCACAGGUAAUGCUGGAAUAAAAACUACAACAACAAACAGUGUUGGUGUAAAGAAAAUAGUAGCUACACCAAAAAUAACUUUUGUUGGUGGAAAUAAGCUAAAUACAACAAAAGCAGAAGAAAAACAGGAUGAAAUGAAAGAUGAGGAUAAAUCUGAUGCUUCAAAACUAGAUAAUAAACCAGAAAUACAACCAGUAGGACAAGAUUAUAUAGAAGAAAUAUGUAAUGACGAAGGAAAAGUGAUUAGUUUUCAGUGCAAAUUAUGUGAAUGUCGUUUUAAUGAUCCAAAUGCUAAAGAAAUGCAUAUGAAAGGUCGCAGACAUCGACUACAAUACAAGAAAAAAGUAAAUCCAGAACUUGUGGUUGAUAUUAAACCAAGUUUACGUCAAAGAAAACUGCAAGAAGAACGUUUACGUCGACAACAAAUGCAGGAGGAGUAUUGGAAAAGACGCGAAGAAGAUCGUUGGAGAGAAGAGAUGCGAAUGAUGGAAGAGGAGGAAAGAAUGUAUUGGGAAGAAAGGAGAAGGUAUGAAGAGGAAAUUGAAUAUUAUGAAUCUUUAUACCGCAGAUACGGACGGGAUAUUCGGAUGAUGCCUCUACCUCCACCACCACCCAGGCCCUUUCUUGGUCCUAUUCCACCUGGACCUGGUGCAUCAGGAAGUGGGCAUUCAAGACGUCCUGAUACAGUAGAUGAUCGUCACGUAAUGGCCAAGCAUACACAAAUAUAUCCAAAGGAGGAAGAACUGAGUGCUGUACAGAAAAUUGUUACUAAUACAGAGAAGGCUUUAAAACUUGUUUCUGAUUUUCUUGCAGAGAGCGAUACUCCAAAACAAGACAUUACAGUUUCUGUAAAGAAAGAAACUGUAGUGAAGAAAGACCCAGAAGCUUCAGCGAAAAAGGAAUCUGAUGCUCAAGAAAAAGAAGAAAACCAAGUCCAGCCACAGAGAGUUCUCAAAGGAGUUAUGAGAGUAGGAGUUUUAGCAAAGGGUCUUCUGCUUACUGGAGAUCUGUCAGUUCAGCUAGUUGUUAUGUGUUCUGAAAAACCUACUAGAACAUUAUUAGAGAGGGUUGCUGAUAAUUUACCUAAGCAGUUAGCAAAUGUUUCUGAAGAUGCUAAAUAUGAAGUUAAAAGAUGUGUAGAAGAAGCAGCGAUAAUGGUGAAUUCUAUAACAGAACCUAAGAUAUCCAUCACAGUUACAUUAACAUCUCCUAUAAUGAGGGAAACGAGUGCGGGAGAAGGAGCAAAUGCCGAGAGUGUAAAAGACCCGCCGGAUGUGUUGGACAGGCAGAAAUGCCUGGAGGCCUUGGCCGCCUUACGUCAUGCCAAGUGGUUCCAGGCUAGAGCGAGUGGUCUUCAGUCAUGUGUCAUGGUUAUUCGGAUUUUGAGGGAUCUUUGCCAGAGAGUUCCCACUUGGGGUCGUUUAACGAGUUGGGCUAUGGAAUUAUUAGUAGAAAAGGUUAUAAGUAGUUCUGGACAACCUCUAAGUCCUGGAGAUGCAUUGAGAAGAGUUUUAGAAGCAGUAGCAGCAGGUUUACUUCUACCUGGUGGACCAGGAUUAUUUGAUCCGUGUGAAAAAGAACCUCUUGAUGCAGCUGGUUGUUUAACCAGUCAAGAACGUGAAGAUAUAACAGCCAGUGCACAACACGCAUUACGUCUUAUUGCUUUUCGUCAAAUUCACAAAGUAUUAGGCAUGGAUGCUCUACCGCCACCCAAAUACCCUCGUAGCCAAUUUCCCCGAAAGCGUAGACGCGACAAUAGUUCGGGAGAAGGGAAUGAUUCGGAAGGAGCGGAUGGCAAGAAAGAUAAAAAAGACGAAUCUGAUAGCAAAUCGGAAAAUAUGGAAACUACCGAAAGUCAAGAGAAACCAUAAAAUUCCUACCUACCAAGAUAUAAUUCAUUCCUUUCUUGUAUACGUAGACUUAAGGAAGCUACACGUACAAUAAUAAAACUUGCAGUUACUGAACAGUUUAUUAGCUACAUUGUAUGCCAUUGUCAUCUUUUGCAUCUAAGUGAUUGUGAACUUCCCUUUGACACCAUUACCACUGUUGCAUAUUAUAAUAGAAAUAUCAUUGUUAUUUGUUUUCAUAAUUGUAAUACUUAGUUUACAUAGAUAUUUUUAAUUCAUGUAUUAAGUACACAUCUUUAAAGACUCCAAUCUGAGAGUCUAUUGUAAAAGCAUAUUUGAUUUUAUUCAAUAUUUCAUUUCUUGACAAAUAAAAUAUAGAAAAUGUAUGUAAUAUA